AUGUUGGACGAGCGGGAACUAGCAAUAAACCCCAUAGUACAAGACAGUGUCCAGCACAAUGCUCGCACCGUCUCAAAUAUCCGCGCUCUCACAGCCUCACUCUUCGGCGUAGCAGCAGGUACAAUGGGCCUGGAAUCGCUUCCCGGAUUCAUAUUCUACUUCUUCGGCACUGCCAUUGUAUCCGUGCUCAUUUUCUCCCUCAAAGCGGAACAGAAUGCGAAAGCUUACUUUUUCCACCCCGUUGCGGAUCUAUGGGCGGGGGAUCUGUUUGGUGGCCUUAUGUCAUUUGUGUUGACCUGGACGCUAUUCUACGGACUUUGUAAGGCUUGA